AUGGCCAGAGGCUCGGAAUUUCUCCUGGCUUCUAUGAGCAUGCUUCUCUUGUGGGAAACAAAAGUAAUAGAACUAAGGAAAGAAUUCCAGGUUGUAGUUUUCAGGUUAGAUUUUGAUUUGUUACACGAGGUCAUGUCAUGACCGGAAGUGUGACGCUCAAGAACUAGAAGUGAGUUGAAAAAGUACUUUCAGGCCUCUUGAGUCCCAGAACUGGUUCCAAGGCCUCUUUUGAGCCCCUGCAUUAGUUCCCAGGUCUCUACCAGUCCCAGAACUGGUUCCCAGGCCUCUUUCAAGUCCCGGAACUGGUUCCAAGGUCUCUUUCGAGCCCCUGGUAUGAAAGAAAACGACUUACAUUAAAGUUUGGGCACCACACACAAAAGACGGUGGUCCACUUGGCAUUAGAGACAUUCCAAUGAUGUCAUCAUUUGGAAUUAAUUGAUGAGUUAUGUAAAAGGGUGUCACAAAAACACAAACAUGCCGCACAGCAACUGGAGACAUUUGACUGCAGUAGUUGAAAAUCAUGAUGAAACAAGCUUAGCUUAUCUCUGUACUGCCAGAUUUCUCCAAUAAAACCACUGCUUCAUUUUGAUCCCAAUGUAAGAAUUAAGUGACGAUGAACUGGAUAUACAUGUAUAUUUGUUUGUUAUAGCUGUGUUUUAUCUGGUUCUGGUAAUUGAAACAAAGAAUUUCCUUUUUUAUACCAGGAUUUCAUCAUAAAUUUUUUUGUAUUGAACUUUCACUGCAUUAAGGUAAUUAAAGGUACAAUGAGUUAAAUGAAUGAAAGAGGCAAUGGCACAAAGAUCAAUAAAAUGUGAACACUUACCAGUCCAGAAUUUUAGUUGCUAAGAAACGUAAUUUUGGCUUGUAUGUAUUGUAAAAACCGAAAAAUUCACUGCCUUAGCAUUUAUCAGCAUAUAGUUUUUGCAAUAUUGAAGGAUAUCUGUAGCUUUGGCAGUUUUCUCCUGGAAAGUGAGCAUUUUUUUGGCUUGAAAAGCUUACACUUGUCAAAAAAAUUGACAUAUGUAACAAGAAAUACUGUGACCUGAGGCAUGUCCACUAGGUUCAUUGAUUGUCAAGGUUAAAUUUUAAGAUCUGUUUUUUGGUUAUGCAAAUUUUUUAGUGGCUAAAAUGUUUUAGCUUUACUACACUGACAUAAUAGUCAUUUUUUCACAGAAAGUUGCCCUUUUUACUGCAACACAAUAUAUUAUUUUUUUAAUAAAAAUGACAUGUACCUUGAAAGAUCAUUAAAAAUUUUUUCUUUGCCAAAGAUCUAGAAAUAUCUGCAAUGACUAAACCCUCAAAAAUGUGUUUAUUAUUUAUGAUGUAUCAGAAAUAUUUUCAGCAUAGUUCUCAUCCUUUUUGUUUUAUUUCUUGUAUAGUUAAUUUCUAUACAUGAUAUCCGUUGAAGGUGAAUGGAAACUUGGCCUGUUGUUCUGGCUUAUGAUUUGAAAGAUUUCUUGCAAUUGAAUACUUUACAUGAAGUUACCCCUAGUGUGUAAUAUUACUGUUGUGUGCGGGUUGAGACAAAUGAUUGGAGACUUGCUGAGACACUGGGAUGCUUAUGUGGAAACCUGAGACUUUCAGCAGAAGGUUAAAGACUCUAGAAACUCAAAAGAUUCUUCAAAAUCUCUCUGUAAAUCAGAUGAAAAUUUGUUGCAACCAAGAUGUUAUAGGUGCUAUCCACCUACUUGGGGUCGUGUAAAUGAUACAUGUGGAGUCAUCUACAUCUCUCUGUGUUGCUAAUAAACGAUGUAGAUUGUGUGUAACAAGUCUUAGUUCAGCAAUCCUGGGCAAUUUUACAAGCACCAAACAGCUGUGCUUAAAGGGCAACAUAUUUCUUGAUCUUUAAUAAUUAGUAUCUUGUUUUUUCUUUGCAGAUUAACAAUGCCGCCUAUACGAAAGCCAGACCUGGAUAAACUAAAGCUACAUCCAAAGCCAUAUCUGAGUAGAUCAGUUGGUGCUUCAGGCUUUAAAAACUCACUUGACAAGGGCGCAAAAUUCAGUUUAAGUUCUAGUUGUUUUGGUGCCAUUACAACAGAGAAAGGAGAGCCUGAUGAUGACUUGACCAGCCUCAACUGGUUACAGAGCAAUGAUAUUUUGAAAGACUUUGAUGUGUCUGCAACUGUACCUCCUGUUUCCCCUACAGCGGACAUAAAUGGGGACAUUUUUGAGACCCCUCCCAGAGGGGCACAGUCCAAAGGACCCUUCUCCCUGGACUCGUUAGCUAACAAACGCAAGAGUCCAUCAAAGCCUCCAUAUUCUUUUUCAUCGCUCAUUUUUAUGGCUAUUGAGGAGGCUCCUAUGAAGAAAUUGCCUGUUAAAGACAUUUACAACUGGAUAAUGGAACAUUUUCCAUAUUUCCGUGAUGCAAGACUUGGUUGGAAAAACUCUGUUCGACACAACCUUUCCCUCAACAAAUGUUUUAAGAAAGUAGACAAGGAUAAAGGACAGGUGAGGAAGGACAUUUUAUUUACAUCUUUGAUCUUCUUAAAUAUGAACUGGAAUAAUGCCAGCAGUAAGUAAAGGAUUUCAUCUGCAGAAUCAAAAGGUAGUUUUCAGAAGCUGGGGGUUCUUAAAGAUUUCAUCUACAGAAUGAACCUUAGUACCACCCCGUACAGCACAAUAAACAGUACCACAGGAAAGUACUGCUCAGUAGCUUUCAUUUGAAUGGUCACACCAUAGGAUUUCAUCCACAGACUCAAAAGUUGGAACCACCUUCUACAGCACAAUAAACAGGACCAUAGGGAAGUACAUCUCAGUAGCUUUUGCUCUCUAUCAGAUGGCUUUGAAGUGGUUAACAUAUAUUUAGACUGAGAGAUAAUUAUUAUUAUUUUAACCACAUUGUCUUGACAGUGUGACAAUAAUGCUUCAAUGAAUCUUUGCCCAUGAAGUCUCAAGUCAAGCUUGAGUUAUUCUAACCCACCAGUAGUUUUUUCCACAGAAUGUUGGCAAAGGAUCUUUGUGGACAGUAGAUCCUGAAUACAGGCCCAACUUGCUCCAAGCACUGAAAAAGACGCCUGCUUUUCACCCGUAUCAUAACGUGUUAACGACGCCACCACCAUCACCAAAAAAUCAUUCCUCAGACAGGUAGAGUUGAUAAAAGCAUAAAUAAAUCUCCCUCUUUACCCCUCAUUAGUGUGUGUAGCAUGAAGGUUAAUGGGGCCGAAAAAAGCAAUGAAACAAAGAAUGUAAUGCAUCAUAACCAGGGUAAAAAUCUCAACUGUCACCAGCAGGCAAACCAGUUGGCUAUUUUAUUCAAGCAUGACUUAGGACUUGAACUUGGCUCUAACCACUCAGCCAUGACCCUGCCACCCCAGUCAUCCUGUUGGAAUAGAAAUGUAACGGACAUUCUCAUCAUUUUCAUCGUGCAUGUGCUGUAUUAAGUUUAAAGCAUUGAAAACUUGACUCUAUAACCUCAAGAAUGGAUCAAUAACCCAUAAAAACUAAUCCUUACAAAGUCUUAAAAUUGAAAUUUAUUUUAGUGUUAUUCUUGAACAUUGAGAAACUAAUUUUUUUUCUCUUCUCUCUUCAGCAGUACCCUAGGAAACAGCAUUGGUAAGAAACAUGAUUUAAUAUCUUUAAUUUUUACUCUAAUUAAACUCUAAGAGUCAAUCCAACUGAAGUAUGGAGGGUAGGUGCUGUAUGGGUGGCAAGUGAAGAAGGGUAGCAGUCUAAGCAGUUAAGAGGUCUCCCUCACAACCUGGCCACAGACCAUCUGCUGGCACCUUUCAACACAACACUAAUCAUUGGAUUAUUACCACAAUUGUAGGGAAAAUUGAAGUUGAUCCCGAUGCAGAAGCAGAAGCAGUUGCAACAAUUUGUAUGAUAAGCACACCCCCAGAAUUGCGUGUUGCUGAAAGUAAGUGGUUUUUGUCAGUGGAUUUCUCUUUCUAUUCUUUAACCCUUUAAGUCCCAAUAGUGAUCAACAUCAAUUUUCUCCUAACAAUAUCCAUAGAUUGUCAAGUCCAACAUCUAUGAGAAUUAAUCAAAUGAUCACAAAGAGAAAAAUCUUUGAUCUUUUAUCAAUUUCUCCCAACUAAUUCUGUAAGGAGAUGUAUAGAGAUCAGUUUGGAGAAUUUGUUUGUGGAUAUUGGGGCUUAAAGGGUUAACACCUUUAAAAUAGUCCUAACACCUUUUGAUAUUUAUUUACAGUGGUUCGUUGCCAGUCCUGUCCUCCUUCUGAAACUGAUAAAGAAGAUCAGUUGUUAAAGAGAGCCAAGGAGUUUUACUACAGACACAGGGGCUCCUUUUCUGGAGCUGUCUCCAUGGCAAAAGACAAGUUACCCUCUUCCCUGCUGACAGAUUCCCAUGGAAGGUAAGAGUAGAGAAGGCCUAGCAUGUGUCAGGCUCUCAAAUGGUAGGGACGCUUCAAAAACAAUUUAAUGGUUAAAUAGGAUGCCCCUGAUCUGGGAAAGAGUGUGGCGGCCAGAAAAGAGUAUUUACUGUCUGUGCACAUUACUGAUGUGUGGCAUGGAAGAAGUUAAUGAAGGUCUUGCUACUUUAUCUGAGUUUAAAGACAGUCUGAGGUUGUCAACCCUUCUUGCUCCUAAUAGUGGCCUAUGAAAACAUUCACACAAAAAAGUCAAAUUUGUUUUUGUAAAAUACCAAGAAAUAAAUAUUACCAUGCAAAAGUUCUGCUAAAAAGGUUUUAUUUGAAUGGUAACAGCAUAGGAUUCCAUCCACAGAUAAAAAAGUUAGAAGGACACAAACCAGUCGUAAUGUGGCUGUGAGAGGUUUGAAGGAGUUCUGCGAAAACAUCAUUUACAACACUUUCAUUUUAGUUAGCUACAAAUAAGAUCAUAAUUAUUUACCCCCAGCAGAUGGGUGUUACGAUACAAACAUUCACUACACUAGUACAAUACAGAUACAAUAACUGGCUUCUCUAACUCGCUUUACAGGAACAAGAAAGCAAUGUUAUCUUCAUCUCUAAGUAGAAUUGAUUCUGUGAGAAUGCGAAAGGAUAUCUCCCCAGACUCCUCACUUGAUGGCGAGUUUGAAUUUGAUCAUGGUGGUGAUUCUGAUGAAGAAGACAGUGAAAUUGAUGAGACAAUGGAGAAAGUUGUCAAGGAUGAAUUGAGUGACAGUGGUUAUGGCCAAGGUCUUGAAGACCAAAAUGAACAGAAAAAGGUUUCAAGCAAGGACAAACCUCAACCCCGUCAUAGACGGGGGCGUAAUAACAGUACAACAGAGAAAAUGAACGCUAUCGCAGGUGCUGACGCAUUAUUAGAACUUGCUAACUCAGCAGUCAUGCCAUUACAAAGCUCCAAUUCUGCUUCUUCAAGUCCUGUUCCACUGGUUAGCUAG